AAAGGAGACCAUGAAUUUAAUUUGGAUUCUUUAUACGCCAUAGACUUAAGUAAGUUAGAUGGGGUUAAGGUGCUAUGGGAAGAUUUAACUGAAUUAGAACAAGAACUCGAAGAUUCAGAUGAUGAAGACGAUGACGAUUUCGAAUAUGAAGGUGAAGGUGACGAUGACGAUUCAGAAAGAAACACAGAUACUAAAUUAGAAGUAGAGGAAGAAGAGGAAGAAGAGGAAGAAGCAAGUGAGGAUGAAAUGGAAAUACCUGAUCCAAGACCUUGGUUACCACAUCCAAAACCAUUUGAAACCUUGCGUGCUUUCUAUGUUCGUACUGGUGCCCAAUUUUUAGAAUGGGCAAUCUCGAGUAACAGAGAGAAGAGAGGUAAAUAUUUGAAAAAGGCUUCUUUUGAUUUAUGUGAAGGAAGAUUUUGGGAAAGAAGAGAGCAAGUUAGUAUUUCUGAAGAUUCUUUGGAAGAAUUAGGUGGUGUCGGCGACAUUAUUGAAAAGGAUAAUUCGAAAGUUACAAAGAGGAGAUAA